AUGCCGACCCCGCAACCGGCACCUCAUCAGGUUCUGCGCGCAGGUCGCGAGGAUACACUGCCGUCUGUCGGCGGGAUUGUUCCCGGUUUGAGCGCUAGCUCUAUGCCGACCUUCAGCAAUUCGGAUAUGCAACAAGCAGCAAUGCUUCCGGAUGCUCCAGGCGACAAGGCCUCCUCGGGGCAAAUGCCUACAGUUGGAGAUAUAUAUCCUGAAGUCCCAGUUGGCAGUCAUCGACAGACGCAGCCUUCCCAUAAUCCUUUCUGGCAACCUGGCUGCUCUUUGAAGCCAAACGAUAACCGCGACGGAUCGCGAGUGGUUUCAAGCUCUUCCGCGCCAGGGUAUCAACAUUCUUCCUCUCGCUCCGUUGGUCCAACGCCAGGGCGCACGCAGCACGGAGUAUCUCCGCACAGCUCCCGCCGGAACAGGACUGCACAUGUCAGGAUAUCUGAUCGUGACAGCGACACGACGUCUGUUAGCGACAGCGGCAUUGUUCCAGAGAUUCUUCGCCGCGCUGGAGGUACACCCUCCCGACAACUGGACAAACUGCCCGAUGGAACCACCAUGUCCAAUUGGACAGAAUACGUCCAUUUGGAUGGGAGUAUCUAUUACUUUGAUCUUCGCCGACUUGUGGUCACUCCAGACGAUAUCCAGCAACGUCCCGUACUCGACGCGCUGGAGAAAACGCUAAAAGACAUUGCUUUCCGCCCAGGAGGCGACACUGAAAUGAUCAUCAAAGGUUUGUGCGGGACUUCCGAACCUAUGGUGUUCUACCUCAACCACGGCUACGGCUUGUACAUUGAGCCCGUCAUGCCUGGGGCCGAACCGAAGGUCUCGGAUCCUAAGUUCCGCGAGGAGGAGAGAACGGAGCUCUAUUGGAAGCAGCUGGAAACAUUUCCGAUGCACUUACCGCAACUACCUUUUGAUGCAGAGGCAGAGUUCUUCCGCGCGAUCACGUUUGGGUCUAGCGAGAGGAUCCUGGAAUGGACGAAGACACCCUUCCCGUUCAGCGAGCAUCAAGCGACGCGCCUUCUUCAAGUGUACGAUGACCUCAGAGAGGCAGCGUCGCAAGGGCUCAAGGUCGUCCCCGCACAAGCGUGGCUCAUCGCUCGGACCAUGGCGCGCAUCGAGGUAAGCCGAAGGCAGGUGAAGCACGGCACCCGCGAGUUCAGCAUGUAUCGCGCGGUCGCGGUGAGCCCAACUAGGUGGCAGGUGCGCGUUGCGGACGUGUGUCUCGUCUUUCUGCUGUUCGGUGUUCAGCGGAUGUACCGCCUGCGCUUGGAAAGUGUUCGUGUGAAGGGCGUGGUGUAUCCCCCGGACUUGCGAGAUUUAUUCAAGAACUUCCUCGCUGAAUGGGCUGAUUCUAAUCUGCUGGCCACAGUGUUUGUUAGUGCGAACAUAGCUUUCCUUGCCCUGUCGGGAGGCACAAGCAUUCAACGCACUGCAUCUCUAGCAUCUACUCUCUUUGCCGUGACUAGCGUCGUAUCCGGUGUGCACCACCUCUGGCAGCACAGAACGAAGAUCGAUAGUCCAGAAGAAGCGCGUGCCUACCUAUCUCAAGCAGACGCUGCCGGUGCUGAUAUCCAGCUUGCAGUUAUCUCGUGCUUCCUCUCUGUUCCCGUGUCUUCGCUUUUAUGGUCCAUCCUAUGCUUCACGGUUGCGCUCGGCGCGCUGUGCAUUCAGGGUACCGACCUUCGGGGCGAGAUCCUGCUCGCAGUAGUGUUGGGCAUCCUCGGGCUACUCUGCGCUGCAACGCUGCUAUUCUUUUGGGACGUAUGGCGUGGGACGAGAAGAGAAGAAGUGCAGGAAGAGGAGGAAUGGGCUGUUGUGGACCACGGGUUGAAAUGGAGGCUGAAAAGGUCCUUGCGGAAGCUGAAACUGCUUGUGCUCAGAAAGAUGAAGAUCCAGACAACCGUGCAGCUCGAGGAAAUAAGCAAGCAUAGCUGA